AAACACAUUUGUUAACUGUUUUGUUAUCUCUGUUCCUAUCUCCUCCUUUCCUGCCUCAACUAUUACUUGUUCCAACUUUCUCUUGGUUAACCUCUCACAUUUCUUUUAAAAAAAAUUUGGCAUUAGUAUCCUCCCAUUUGCGUCUCAAACCUUGCGCCAAGGUGCUACGAUGGCGGGUAUAACUUUACUAUUAGAUCUAUGGAGGAAAAACCAAAGCUUCAACACAGCACGGUCCUAUCAAUCCCCUUCCUUUUUUACUACAUCUUGCACCAUUGCCUCCUUUGCUGCCACCACAUCUUUUGCCUCAAAGGAUUUCUUUGGGAUACCAACUGCUUAUUGUGAUGCUGGAGCAACAAUUUCUGAAGAUUAUGUUCCUAGUAUAGGAAAUGUACCAGGGAAAUAUUUUUAUCAUGAUUCUCUAAAAUAUAGUACCAAGCACUACAACAUUGAGCCUAAACCAUUAUUUUCUGCUUUUGAACUAAAGUCAUUUGCAAUGAUCACAUUGAGGUCAUUUCUGAUGUUUUAUUUGCCUCUUAUGGAGCCUCAUGCAAAGAUGGAACAAGAUGAUGUUGAGUUUCUACAGGACAAACAAGGUGAACUUUGUGGCAAACUAAGUGUUCCCUUCAAAAAGUCAAUACUGCAAAUCAUCCGCGAGGUUACUGUGGUGACAACUAGACGCAUUUUAGAAAGAAUUGUUGUCCAUUAUGUUUCAAGAAGAAUGGCAUGGAAACUAAUUAAAGAUGUUCCUCAAUCAGUUGUUCGCAAGGCUGGAAGGAAAAUGCCUACUUUAGUUUACUUUUACUCUGUGUGCAAAACAACAUUCAGAGGGUACAUGCUUGGAGUUGGAGCAUCAUGGCUGGUCCAAGUAGGCAUUGGAUUAUUUCAAUUCUUUAAGUCAAAGUUAAAGAAUGAGAAUAAUAAUAUUAACAAAGUUGUGAGAAUGAGACUUCUUAGACAAAAGGUUUUCAUGGCUACAGUUAGGUGCAAUGCAUCUCUAAUUUUUGCCUCUAUUGGGGCAGGGAUUGGGGCUUCUCUUUGUCGUCCAUCAGUUGGCCAGUGGAUUGGUUGUGCCAUAGGUGAUUUGUCUGGUCCAGUUAUUGUAGCAAUUUUUGCUGACAAAGUUCUUCACUUGAACAUCUAGUGUUCUUGUUGUUACAAAUUAUUUUCCUAUUUCAAAUAAGAGUAAUAUAUGAAGAAAUUUUGUACUAUUUAUAUUACGAUUUAAACACUUCUAAAUAGUUGCUAGAUCCUAUAGAUGAAAAAGUAAGUUUCCAUUAAUAAAAACAA